AUGAGCGCCUCUGACCCUCUGAUUGCGCUGCAAGAAGCCAUAAAGGCGAAAAAACCCAUAACAUACGCCUCAGACGGAUCGCCCACACCCUCACUCGCGUCUGCAUCCCACAUCGUCCUCUCUACGUCCCUUGCGCUACCAAAGUCCACACCGACGCGGCUACGGCGGCCAGGGGCAACUUCUACGGACCCAACAGCAAGCCCUCAGGACUUCUUCUCGCUCGAGGCCGUCUAUCUCGCAUGGCUCUUACGAGAAGCGAGCAGCGCAGAGUACAUGAAGCAGGCGCGGGAGAACGGCCUGCCGGUGGGCUUCGUGAGCGUUACGGAGAGGAAGGGGUUGGUGGACUGGCUCGAGGGGAGGACGGCCAGUCACGAGCGAGUCGUGCCGCUACAAGGCGAAUCAACGACACCACCCGGGACCCCACCGAAACAUGGCUUCUUCGCGAGUCUACCCUCGACGUCUGCGUUGGCGUCGUCUCAGCCGCAGGCAUCACCGGCCAAGCGCCGAUACGUCGCGGACGCGCAGGACGUUGAGAUUGUGAAGAAGAUCAGGGCAAACGAAAUUGAACUGCGAGACCGGACGACGGUUCUUCGCGGCAUCAAACCGAAUAACUUCUCCGCGCUCAAACUGCUAUACUCCGAGAAGCUCAAGAAACUGAAGGACCCAAAGGGCGGAAGCGCAUCCGCCGCUACGCCAGACCCCAAACAUCUGGCACGAAAAGCCAAGAACAUGAACCCCAUCAUCAUCAUCUCGUCCUCCCCCACCGCUCUCGUCACAAUGUAUAACGUGAAACGGUUCCUGGAAAACGCUGUGUUCGAGACCUCGCUAGAUGCUCGCGCGCGCGCGACGGCGGAGGGCAACCCCAAGCCGGAGGAUCUGAUGCCCAUAUAUCGCAGGCGGACAAACAUCGACUCCUCUGGCCGCGAGACCGAGAGUCAAGUCAAGUACUACGUCGUGGAUGGCGUGGAGGCUCUGGCCAAAUUCGGUCCCGACGCAUGGGACCGUGUGGUAUGCGUCAUGACGACGGGCCAGGCAUGGCAGUUCAGGAAGUACAAGUGGCCGGAGCCCAAGACGCUCUUCCACCACGUCAAGGGCGUGUAUUUUACGUGGACGAACGAUCCGGCCAAUCCUUCAGUAAAGGAUUGGAACGUGACUGAACUCAAGAUCGACCGAAACAGACGACACGUUGACAAGGCGGUCGUAGCGCACUUUUGGAAGAUCCUCGAUGCAUGGACGCAGGCGAACAAGCCAUGGCUCAUGAAGUAA